AGGAGGCCAGCCGCCAGGGGUGGUGCGGGGAGUGUGUUUCGUUUGUGCGGUGGUUAUGAGUGGAAUAUUUUUGAAUUUAUCAAUUUAUAAUAGACUGGAAAAUUGUUUUGUAAUUAUUGAUGCGUUUAAGUAAAACAUCGUCUGAUUCGACUGUGUAUCCGAUUCAGUGAUAUUUUGUUGUUGAAACUUAAAUUAAAGUGAUAAAUUCAAAUCGGCGUGCGUGUUUGACUAUAGUGAAGAUAUCCCAUUUCAUGAUGUCUGAAGGCCAUGGGGAGCCUACCCAGCAUAGAAAAGAGAGUGUAUCAACAGCUAAUGUGGCCAGUGAUAGUCCGGUGACUGAUCCCGGGCAGGUUCGCGGUGGUGCUCCUGAUACUGCAGCCGGAAAAUUCGAAGGACAGCGAGGAAAAUCUGGGGCUUUGAAGAAGUCUGCGCGGUAUAGAAGCAGGUCCCUUUCUGCAUCAUCGGCUGAUUCUUAUAGUUCUACAUCAUACACCGGGUCCUCGUCAGACGAGGAUGAAGGUGUACAACCCCACGAGAAGGCCAUCGCGGCUGGACAACCCAACCCACCAUACUGUGUUCGCAACGUGGAACAGCACGCCUUCGGCAGGCGGGAGAUCAACAUAGCGGAGCAGGAGAUGCCCGGAAUCAUGGCGCUGAGAGCCAGGGCCAAGGAUGACAAGCCUUUGAAAGAUGCCAAGAUCGUCGGCUGCACGCACAUCAAUGCACAAACAGCUGUACUUAUUGAAACCUUAGCGGCACUCGGCGCUACGGUACGCUGGGCGGCCUGCAACAUAUACAGCACGCAGAACGAGGUCGCUGCCGCUUUGGCCCACGCAGGAUUCGCUAUAUUUGCGUGGCGUGCCGAGAGUGAGGAAGCCUUCUGGUGGUGCAUAGACCAGUGCUGCACCGCGUCGGGCACGUGGCAACCCAACAUGAUCCUGGACGACGGCGGUGACGCCACGCAUCUCAUGCUGAAGAAACACACAACCGCUUUCAAGCUCAUUAAAGGUAUAGUGGAGGAGAGUGUGACAGGUGUCCACCGUCUCUACCAGCUGAGCAAGGCGGGCAAACUAUGCGUGCCCGCUAUGAACGUAAACGACUCCGUCACCAAGACCAAGUUCGACAACCUAUACUCUUGUAGGGAAAGUAUAAUCGACGCUUUAAAACGUAGCACAGACAUAAUGUUCGGUGGGAAGCAGUCGGUGGUGUGCGGGUACGGGGAAGUGGGGAAAGGAUGCUGUCAGGCGUUAAAAGCACUUGGAUGUGUUGUAUACAUCACGGAAAUCGAUCCAAUAUGCGCGUUACAAGCAGCUAUGGACGGCUUUAGAGUGGUAAAAUUAAAUGAGGUGAUAAGACAAGUGGACAUAGUGAUAACGGCAACGGGCAAUAAGGGCGUCGUUACACGAGACCAUAUGGAGCGUAUGAAGAAUGGCUGCGUGGUGUGCAACAUGGGACACAGCAACACAGAAAUAGACGUGCACUCAUUGAGGACGCCGGACCUGAUGUGGGAAAGAGUCAGGAGUCAGGUCGAUCACAUAAUCUGGGGCAACGGCAAGCGUAUAGUGCUGCUGGCGGAGGGUCGCCUCGCCAACUUGUGCUGCUCCUCAUUGCCGUCGUUCGUCGUGUCCGUCACGGCCGCCACCCAGGCUCUGGCUCUCAUCGAGCUGUACAACGCACCGCAACAUCGUUAUAAGGCUGACGUAUACCUAUUACCCAAGAAAAUGGACGAGUACGUAGCUAGUCUCCAUUUACCCACAUUCGAUGCGCAUCUCACUGAGCUGACCGACGAGCAGGCUAAGUAUCUAGGCCUCAAUAAAGUGGGGCCGUUCAAACCAAACUAUUACAGAUACUAACGCCUGAGAAUUAGGGCUUCGCGCCCUAAAAAUGAUUGUGUAAUAUAAAUACAUCGGAUUGUAUGCAUUUUUAGUUAAGCCGUAUCGAAUGACGUGCAGAGGAACAAAGGUCAAGUUUUUCUAAUUUAGGGACAAUUAAUCCAAUUGUAAAUUGGCGACAAAUUACCCCAGUUAUAAAGUUGGGGGCAAAUGAUCCCAAUUAUAAAGUUGGGGACAAAUGAUCCCAAUUAUAAAGUUGGGGGCAAAUGAUCCCAAUUAUAAAGUUGGAGACAAAUGAUCCCAAUUGUCGAACGUCACUCCAAUUAUGAAAAAUAAACCGUAUCAUGAAAACAUUGUGACGUCACGACGGUUUAAUGAUCUGUUCAAAGAACUAUUUACUUUUAAGUCAGUCACAAAUUUUGGUUACGAGUUUGCAACGUUUUAAUUUUCAUAGAGCAUUGGGGCUAAAAUGUAACACUUGAGUUAUCUUGACAAAGAGGUGAUUGAGACUUCGACGUCCCUCUUUCGAACUUAUAUACCUCACCCAAUUUUUGAUUUGAUCUCUGGAUCAUGUCUCUCUAUCAUGAAAUAGUAAAACAUAAAAAAUACAAGUUUAAAUCGGCGAACAUUUGAGGAUACCAUCAAUUUUGUCGGACAUUAAAAUAAAGAAAGCAACAAAAGAUACAGAUGUUUUUGAGUCUUAGAGAAUAAUAAAAAAUGCAUACUAUUCGAUUCUAAGCUGAACUAGAUACUGACUGCACAGAUGCAUAGACAUUGGUACAAAUUAAAUUAUAUUUUUGUUAAAUUUAUUUAUAUUUAUUUAUUUAAUCUAAUUUUAAAAAUUAUAUGUUUUUGUUCUAACUCUAAAAUGCUACCACCAAGUAAGUGGCAAAUUUUUUUUAAGAGAUUUAUUAAAAUUAUCCUGCGGGGUUAGAUACAGUUAGAUUCCCGAAGCGUCACGGUAAUGAGGGCAUGACAACAUCGGAUGGGUUUAAAUCAAGUCUGGCCAACACUGACAAAAAUAUCCAUGAGCACUGACAAAAAUAUCCAUGAGCUGACUUAUUUUAACAAUACGUUCAUCGAAACUAUGUACUUUCCAAAUACAUUUUUGAAUGAAUGAAUGACUGAAUAUACUUUUAUAGCACACUACAAAAAGUGCAUAAAAAAAAUUGUUUGAAGUUUUAUGAUUAGAUUAGAUAGAUUAUAUGUUUAAAUAAAAUUUGUCACUUACGUGGUUAUGUAAAACUACCAAGAAUUGUAGCUUAAUUUAUUUUUAAGUAAACUAGUAAUGUGAAAUAUAUGGUUAUACUUUACCAUAUAAUUUUUAUCCAAUGUGAAGAGCAACUAACAUACAAUUUUAGAGCAUUUUUUAAUGUCGGCAUACAAAUAAAACUAUAUAUUAUGUAGCACAAUCUGAC